UGUUAGUAAACAAAACAGUUCUCUCCCAUGUCAGCUUCAGCCCACUGCUUUGCAGUGUGCUUACACACUCCACAGCCAUGCAAAGCAGUGUGCUUACAGUGAAGCACAAAGACACAUCCCCUAGUAAAACAGCACACAGCAUACUGUUAACCCUUUGAUUGACCCCAUGUUAACCCAUUCCUGCCCAGUGCCAUUAGUACAAUGUCAGUGCUUUUUAUUAGCACUGAUCACUGUAUUGGUGUCUUUGGGUUUGUCAGUGACACCAAGUCAGUUCCCCUCAGUGUCAGAAGGCCCACCGCAGUCCCGC